GAGUAAGCAACUCUGACUGAGGAUAUAAAAGCUCGCCAUUUCACCACACCUUGGCAUCUCUCCCCUAUUUAGCUUUGUGUGAGAGUGGGACACAGUGGGUUUGACUGAAACAAAAAUUAAGACGGGCCUUUACGAUGAAGACCUGUGUCCUAUUCCUGCUGGUGUUGGGGAGCGUCUACGGCGCACCAGUUGAGCAGGGUGGUGUAGAGCCAGGUUCUUGUGAAGAUGCAUCAGCGGUGAGCGCUGCUCAUUUAGCUCUCACCAAGAUCAACAUGGACAGGUUGGACGGCUACGUCUUCAGCCUGCACCGUCUCUCCAAUGUCAACCUGGCUAAACAUGGAGAAAACGGAAUAGUUUUUUAUCUGACUCUGGACGUAGUGGAGACCAACUGCAGUGUUCUGAGUAGGAAGAACUGGAAGCAAUGCGAAGCUCGUUCUGAUGCUGAGAUGCCGGUGUAUGGACAAUGCAAAGCUGCCAUUUACAUCAAUAGGCCACAUAGAGUUGUACGUCUGUACAAAUACGACUGUGUAAUCCGGCCAGUUCCUGCAGCAAGGUUGACACAGAUCUGUCCCGACUGCUCAACUUUCAUUCAGUUUGACGAUGAAUGGGUCCAGAAGACCGUGUCUCUAUCACUGGAGAAGUUCAACAAUGAAAGUGGGCUGAACAAUAAUUUUGCUCUGCUCAAGGUCUUACGGGCUACUGCCGGAUUUGCAAUGAGCAUGUACUACCAUGUGGAGUACACAAUUCAGGAGACCACUUGCGGCAAGUACAAACAGGCCCCGGCAGGAGAGAAGUGCCCCAUCAUGACUUGUGAAUUCUCACACAAAGGCUUCUGUAAGGCAUCUGUCUACAACACCAAUAUUCCUGAGCCAGCUGUCAGUGUAGAGUGUGAGAUCUAUGAGCAAGAGGCUGCGGAUAAAGAAAAGACACAACAUCUGAUGGGCAAUGCAACUGGCCACGCUCACACUGACACACACUCACAUGACCAUGGCAAAGGUCAUGACAAAGGUCAAGGUAAAGGUCAUGAAAAGGGUCAUGGCAAAGGUCAUGGCACAGGUCACUCCCAUACAAGUGAACAUGACCACAUCCAUGACCACACCAAGGAUCACACUCACCAUGAUACCCCACACCCCGAUGAAAGCAAACAUCACCACAGCCAUGACCACAAGCCAGGCAGCGCCUACAGGCAUGGUCAUGCCCACUCACAUGACCAUGGGAUUGACAGCGACCACGAUCACGUGCAUGCCUAUCAUGCCCAGGCACAAAACCACACUGAUGACUUUCCCAGCCAGCACCACGACUACAAGCACCCUGAGGGCACACACACCCAUGACCAUGAUCACGAGCUUGCUCUGGACCACGACCAUAAGCACGCUCACCUGCAUGAGCACGAACAUCACCACCAUCACCACACGCACGACCACGAGACAGAACACCACGAUGAACCAGAGGGCUCGGUGAGGAUGCUGCCCGCCAUGGACCAGCCCAUGAUCCUGCCUGCCUUCCCCGAGGUUCCUGUAGGUGGACCUCCUGAUGGAGUCACUCUCCCCCUCAAACCUGACCCCCAAAUACCAGGAGUGUCUGAACCGACCAUCCUGGCCUACCCAACCUCUGUCUCAGCAGAGUGUCCCGUUCCGGCACCAGGAAACACACUGGUGGAGAAACUCUUUGUGGAAGAUCCCCAGUUCAAGCCUGCUGCAUGAUUGAAUUAAACUCUUCAUGAACAAUAGAAAACAAUGCUGUCUGAAAUAAUUCAGUAACACUAUUGGAACACUAAUCGGGCACAUUUGGAGUCACCACAAUAGUUGUCUAAGUAUUGUAACAACUGCUUUUCCUGGUUAUUGUCGGACACCUAACUUGUAAAAUGUCAGGUAUGUUGACAAUUUAAUAAAGGUAGAGUGCAUAGAAUUAAACUUUA